AUGAUGACCUUUGGCGCUGGUAUCGGGACCGGUCUUUGGGUAGGCACUGGACAGGCUCUGUACUAUGCUGGACCGGCGGGAACCGCAGUAACCUAUACCAUUACUGCAAUGAUCGUCUAUGCCCAAUACUCCUCUGUUGGAGAGAUGACCACAUACAAGCCUAUCCACGGAGGCUUCAUUCGACAAUGCGCAGAGUACGUGGACCCGGCAUUCGGCUUUGCAAUUGGUGUCAACUUCUGGUUUGCAUGGGUGAUGAUCAUCCCAGCAGAGAUAACAGCAGCGAUAUCCGUCCUCAAGUACUGGCCCGAAACCGACGUCAUACCCCUAGCAGCAUAUAUCACAAUAUUUUUGGUAGUAAUUGCCGCAGCUAACAUGUUCCAUGUCCGAGUAUACGGCUACAUUGAAUACUACAUGUCAUUCAUCAAGUGUCUUGCAAUUGUUUUGAUGAUCUUUUUCAUGUUCAUCAUGACUUCAGGAGGUAUUGCUGCAACGAACGGUCCCAUCGAGUUCCGAUACUGGAAAAACCCUGGUGCCUUCAAUAAUGGCAUCAAGGGUAUCGCGAAGGCAUUUGUGCAGGCUGCUUUCAGUUUUGGCGGAGGCGAACAUAUCGCAGUAAUAGCCGGCGAAGUAGCCGAUCCACGACGAACUAUCAAGAAAACCGUUCGACCAAUCUUCUGGCGGAUGUUUACCUUCUUCGUUGUUAAUAUCUGGCUCGUGGGCAUGUGUAUUCCAUCUAACGACCCACUUCUGUCGAAAAGCGGCACACUAGGAAGUCCCUUUGUCAUUGCCAUUAAAAGAGCAGAUGUAUACGGUCUCGCGCACGCUAUCAACGGAUUUAUUUUCCUAAGCGUUAUCAGCUGCGGGAUUACAAGUGCUUAUAUUGCCAGUCGAAGCCUAACAGCUCUCGCUGAUCUCAAUAUUGUUCAUCCAUUUUUUGGCAGGAAAGAUAAACAAGGUCGACCUUAUGUGUCGCUCAUUAUCAGUUUGGGUAUCGGUGGUGGCUUGUGCUAUCUUAACACCGACAGCGUCGGAACUUUGGUCUACGGCUGGUUCUCUUCAUUGGUUGCGAUCGCCACACUUUUCCAAUGGGCUUCGAUCUAUAUCGCCCACCUUCGAUUCCGGCAAGGUCUUAAAGCUCAAGGCAAGGACCUUGGAAGUCUCCCAUUCAAGGGCCUCCUUACCCCAUGGGCACAGUACUUCGGUCUUAUCAUUGUCCUAUUCGUCUUCGGCUGUGAAUUCUAUCUGGCUUGCUGGCCAUUCAAAGAGAAAGGCUCAGUGAAGAGUUUCUUCUCUUCUUACCUUGCCGCUCCGCUGUUCUUCUUUGACUACUUCGUAUACAAAUGGUAUUACAAAACAAACAUAGUCAAGCCUAUGGAGAUGGACUUUGGCCCUGCACGAGAAUUUGAUGAACAGGAUAUUAUCAACGCCAUUGCCACCGAGGACGCAGAUAGGAACACAGAGAAGAGCAAGCAGACGACAUGGAUCAAACGGGCUCGGUAUAUGGUAUUUGGGUGA